AUGCUUAGAACUAUUCCAAUUUUGGCGCUCUUAAUUUGUGGCGCAGCUGUAGUGGCCGAUGCUAAGCCCAUCUUCAUCAAGGUGUUUGCACCAACGGGUGGCAGCAGCAGCAGCAGCUAUCAAUCCACAGCGACAGCCUCGCCCAUUAAUACACAGCUCAUCUCGAAUCUGAUAUCGCAGAAAAUUCAAAUUCUGAAUAGCGUGCUACAGGCCAAAUCAUCGGGCGGUGGCUUUGGAUUUGGAUUUAAUAAGUUUGUCACCUUCUCGAGCACAACCACAACUACGGAAAAGCCAGUCACUCACCACACCACAGAGGUAAACACAGAUUUUACUCCGGAUGAUCUAUCGACUACUUCUACAACUACAACUACUCAAACUGUCUAUACGACAACAACAGAAGGUGCAAUUGAAACGCCGAAGCCUACAAUACAUCCCGACCGCCCAGUCACGACCUCAACGCCGUCAGUGAUUCCAACAAGAAGCACCACCACCAUAACACCCACACUGAUUCCGACGACAACGGGAUCAAGUAAUGGAUACUCCUACCAGACACCUAGUCCCAGACCGGCCACUAGUACCGUCAGCACUUACUACUUGCCCUCUGCUCUUGCCUAA